AAAAAAAUUAUUGACCUGACAACUGAAUAUGGUGACCCAAUUUAAUAGCUAAUAAGCUUGUAAUUGUAAUUUCGAUUCCCAAUACCCUUUGGAACCCUCUGAUGCACUUCUUACCUUCACCGACAUAGCCUACAAUUUCAUCCAAAGCCAGUCAAGAAAGCUCAAAGCCAAAGAUUCCAUGGCCUAAAAGAAACCUUAGCGACUAAGUACUAACCCCAUAGCUUUUCAAAGAUAAAGGGCAAUCGCAAUCCCCAUUUCUUGGACUUUUGUUCCAUUUCUUCACUCCCACGCAGCCCUGUUUCAAGAGAGAAUGAGAGGGAUCGGAUUCUUCUGGUCAUUCACUUUCUUGUUCUUGGUUUUGAGCUUGAGCUGCAUCAAUGGAGAGGACCCAUAUAGGUUUUAUACAUGGAAUGUCACCUAUGGUGACAUUUGGCCUCUUGGAGUGAAGCAACAGGGUAUUUUGAUUAAUGGGCAAUUUCCAGGGCCACAGAUUGAAUCGGUUACCAAUGAGAACUUGAUUAUCAAUGUCUUCAAUAGUUUGGAUGAGCCUUUCCUGAUCUCUUGGAAUGGGAUUCAACAGAGAAGAAACUCUUGGCAGGAUGGAGUUUAUGGCACGAACUGCCCCAUCCCACCGGGGAAGAAUUUCACUUAUGUUCUGCAAGUGAAAGAUCAGAUUGGUAGCUACUUCUACUUCCCUUCUUUGGCCUUCCACAAGGCUGCUGGUGCCUUUGGUGGCUUCAAAAUUCAUAGCCGUUCUAUAAUUCCUGUCCCAUUUACUACUCCUGCUGGAGAAUUUACUGUUCUGGCUGGCGAUUGGUACUCAAAAAACCACACUGAUUUGAGAGCCAUUUUAGAUGGUGGUAGUGAUCUUCCUUUCCCUGAUGGACUUCUCAUCAAUGGUCGUGGUCCAAAUGGAAACACUUUCACUGUUGAACAAGGCAAGACUUACAGGUUUCGGAUAUCGAAUGUGGGGCUUACAACUGCAAUUAAUUUCAGAAUACAAGGCCACAAAAUGCUUCUGGUUGAGGUUGAAGGAACUCAUACCCUCCAGAACACUUAUGAAUCCCUUGAUAUUCAUCUUGGGCAAUCCUACUCUGUCUUGGUUACAGCUGACCAGCCGCCACAAGAUUACUACAUUGUCGUAUCUACGCGUUUUACGUCCCAAAUUCUCACAACCACCUCCACUCUUCAUUACAGUAAUGCAGCAGCUAGUGUCUCUGGACCUCCUCCCGGUGGACCGACAAUUCAAACUGAUUGGUCACUUGAACAGGCCCGGUCUCUCAGGCGUAAUCUGACAGCAAACGGUCCAAGACCGAAUCCCCAAGGUUCUUAUCAUUACGGAUUAAUCAAUGUUACUCAUACAAUAAGGCUUCAAAGCACUGCUCCAAUCAUCAAUGGCAAGCAAAGAUAUGCUGUCAACAGUGCGUCCUUCAUUCCAGCUGAUACUCCUCUCAAACUUGCUGACUAUUACAAGAUCUCUGGUGUGUUCUCUCUUGGAAGUAUCCCUGACUAUCCCACUGGUAGUGGUGCCUACCUUCAGACUUCUGUCAUGGCUGCUGAUUUUCGAGGCUACGCUGAGGUUGUAUUUGAGAAUCCCGAAGAUACCGAGCAGUCAUGGCACGUCGAUGGACACAACUUCUUUGUCGUGGGGAUGGAUGGAGGAGAAUGGACACCAGCCAGCAGAUUGACUUACAAUUUACGAGACACGAUCUCUCGAUGUACCGUUCAGGUGUAUCCAAAGUCAUGGACUGCAGUUUACAUGCCUUUGGACAACGUGGGAAUGUGGAAUAUAAGGUCUGAGAAUUGGGUUCGCCAGUACUUGGGACAGCAGCUGUAUCUUCGUGUAUAUUCGCCGGUGAAUUCGUGGCGAGACGAAUAUCCAAUACCGAGCAAUGCUCUUAAAUGCGGUCGAGCAGUCGGUCUCUAACACUCGGACCUCUAUAAAGCAACAAGAGUUCAUGUCAGCAAUCAAUCCCAUCAAAGAUUUAGGUGAUUUUCGGUCAAACAUGUUAGUCUAUACUUCAACGCGAAAGCUCGGUCGUUUUUACGUCGUUUGUUCUGUCUAUGAGUAUCUGUUUCAACAUUUUUUGGCUCACCAGUGUAUUGCUUUGAUUCUUGCUCGUUUCUCUUUGUUGUGCAAGUUUAGUACUCAUCUUUGAGAGAUUGAAUACAAUAUAUUGCUCUAUCAAUUGUAUGAUA